UCAAAACCAUGAUAAUGUCUACACUGUUACCUAACCAUGUGUGCUUGACUUUGUUCCAACCAACAUGGAAACCGUCGGAAAGAUGAUCACAUGCCGGGCUGCAGUGGCCUGGGAGGCAGGAAAACCUCUGGUCAUAGAGGAGAUCGAGGUGGCUCCUCCUAAGGCUGGGGAGGUCCGCAUAAAGGUCGUUGCCACGGGGAUCUGCCACACAGACUCAUACACCUUGAGUGGCUCGGACCCUGAGGGUGUGUUCCCUGUGGUCCUGGGACAUGAGGGGGCAGGCAUCGUGGAGAGUGUGGGACAGGGAGUCACGAAGUUUCACCCCGGUGACACUGUUAUUCCUCUGUAUAUUCCUCAAUGUGGCGAGUGCAAGUUCUGUAAAAAUCCCAAAACCAACUUGUGUCAAAAGAUUAGGCUGACUCAGGGAAGAGGUGUCUUGCCCGAUGGCACGUCUCGUUUCACCUGCAAAGGCCAGAGUCUUUUCCACUUCAUGGGCUGCAGCACCUUCUCUGAGUACACUGUGGUGGCCGACAUCUCUCUGGCCAAAGUGGACUCCAGGGCGCCUCUGGACAGAGUGUGUCUGCUGGGCUGUGGCAUCAGCACAGGCUACGGAGCGGCUCUCAACACAGCCAAAGUGGAGUCCGGGUCUACAUGUGCAGUGUUUGGCCUGGGAGCUCUGGGCCUUGCUGCUAUAAUGGGCUGUAAGGCAGCAGGGGCAGCCAGGAUCAUUGGAGUGGACAUCAACUCCGACAAGUUUAAAGUGGCUAAAGAAUUUGGUGCCACUGAUGUAGUGAAUCCCAAAGACCACAAUAAAGCCAUCCAGGAGGUGUUGGUGGAGAUAACAGAUGGCGGGGUGGACUACUCCUUUGAAUGUGUGGGCAAUGUGGGCAUUAUGAGAGCAGCACUAGAAGCCUGUCACAAGGGCUGGGGCACGAGCGUCAUCAUCGGAGUGGCUGCGGCUGGACAAGAGAUCUCCACACGCCCCUUUCAAUUGGUGACUGGGCGCACAUGGAAAGGAACUGCCUUUGGAGGAUACAAGAGCGUGGACAGCGUUCCCAAACUGGUGGACGACUACAUGAACAAGAAGCUCAAAGUGGAUGAAUUUGUCACUGACACGCUGCCCUUCGAGAAGAUUACAGAGGGGUUUGAUCUUAUGCACGCUGGCAAAUGCAUUCGAGUUGUCCUUCGGUUCUGAGCCACAGUUGCCUAGAGUUUACUCAUUUUAAUAAAUAAUGUAUUCAAUUCCCU